AUGUUCUCUCGCAUCUCUACUUUCACCAUCGCCGCCUUGGUUGCAUACGCAGCUGCCGCUAAAACCACUACCACCGUCACCGGUGGAAAGUGCAACUCUGGUUCUCUCCAGUGCUGCAAGUCUGUUCAGGACCCUAGCAGCAGCGCCGUUCAGAGCGCCUUGGGGGUCCUCAAUAUUCCUAUUGGCACUGUCACCGCCGAUGUCGGUCUUACCUGCGACCCCAUCACCGUCGUCGGUCUGGGAACCACCCAGUGUGCUAACCAACCCGCUUGCUGCGAUAAUAACAACUACAACGGUGUCGUUGCUCUCGGAUGCACGCCUGUUAACUUGGGUGUUUAA